UGCGCCAGGCCUGCUGAGUUUGGUUCUCGCUUUAGUACGCGCCGAGUUGAAACAAGAGUUGUUUUGAGCUGCUAAUUUUGCGUGAAGUCGUCGAUCGAUCAAGCAAAGAGGUGCACCACCCUGGAAAUUCGAUAUUCAGUCAAUCACCCGCUAAUCCUUGUAGCCGCGUUCAGGCGCUUGCCGUCGCGAAAGCGCCCGUUGCAGCAAUCUCGUUAACUCUCGCCGAGUUGACGGACCCGAAUAUCGCAUUUUUCGUUCGCAACUUGCGCUCUCCGGGGUUAUCCUUAACUCGACUGGAAAUUUCAGUCGAUUUCAGCGUUGAAAUUCCGGUGCACUUCACUUCAUGCAGGUAAAUAAGAUUGCCCUUUCGCGCCGCCCGCGUAGAUGCUGAAGAAGAUCGUCCCGUCAUGUACAGCUGACUAGCCCUCUGCCUGCUUCACUUGCGAAACAGGUCCUCUGACAUUGAGAUGUCCGUUGUGGAGCUCCCCGGCGACUCCUGAGGAUGAGGGCAGCCAGUGGAACACAGAUGCGUCGAUCUCGGACAGUGAUAGAACAGUGAGCAACGAGCAGGACAGCAGCACAGAUUUGUCGGACAACGACCAGGACCUCUUCUCCGACUCCGAAGAAUACACGACCGACAGCUCCAAUCUCAUCCACCUGCAAGUGGGCGUCGGCAACAUGAGCGACCUCGAAGACUUAGGCGACUCCGACUCCUCGUCCGUUCAAGUGCUCUCAGAAGCCGAACAGCUCGACGUCUCUAGCGUGGUCGAAGUGUGGACUGACCGUGGUGACGAGCCACCUGAUGAAAAUGAAGAUGACCAAAGCGUGUCGUCAGAAGUCCGCUCAGAGCCGGAUAACCCGGACACUGAAGUCGAAGAAAACGACUGAGCCACAGGCAGAAACUGCGGCGGCGGCUUUACCGAGUGAGCAGCAACCGGAGCAGCAACUGGCGUUGCAGCCUGUGCCCGCGCACGAACGGAGUGCUUCUGAUGAAGAAGGAACCACCUGCACAAUAUGUUUCGAAGCGUGGACAGCUUCAGGCACUCACCGACUGGCAGCUCUGAAGUGUGGACAUCUUUACGGGCUCAGCUGCAUUGAAAAAUGGGUCCAAGGCCUGCGUUCCAAGUGCCCCCAGUGCAAUGCACCAGCGAAGAGAAUUGACAUCCGCCCCAUCUUUGCCCAAAAGCUGAUGGCACUGGACACCACCCAACUAGACCAUCUGGUGAGCGAGCUGAACGUAGAGCGGGAGAAGCGCAAACGCUCCGAGAUCGACGCCGAGCUCAUGCGCCAGAAGUACAAGUUGCUGCUAAACGACUACGAGAAGGUCAAGUCUGAGUACGCCAACGUCAAAAGAAUGAGGCUCGAGUCUCCCAUGACAAGUCAUGGCGACUUCAGCGCUGGGAGCAGUUUUUCGCAGCGGUCUCCGGGCAGGUUCACGCUGGACCGUGCUAUCGACCUCGGCCUCAACACCUCAUGUCGGAGUUUGGCCGUCUCGGGGUUGCUCAAUUUGCUGGUGGCAUCGCAGAGCAAGAGUGGACUUUUCAGCGGAUACGGUCUCCGCAAGGUUUCUCUCUUCGACCUGAAGUCGUCAGAGUUAAUCUUGAUCCACAAAGGUGAAAUCAAGGACAUUGCAUUCCACCAGCGUGAUGCGCUCGUGCUCUCAGCCUCCAAUGACAAGACAGUCAAGCUCACUACCACGUUGAGCAACAGCGUUGUCCAGACUUACCACCAGCCCGUGGAAGCCUGGAGCUGUGCUUGGGACAAGGAUGACACCAACUGCUUCUACGCGGGCCUCCGCAACGGCUUGGUGGUGAAGUACGACAUGCGGGUGACAUCCGAGCCUGUCUGCAAGCUGCCCUCGACCAAUCGAUACGAGCCCGUGGUGGCCAUGCAACACAUUCCGAAGGGGCCAUCCUGUGCCGAAGACAGGUGCCCGUCAGGCCUACUGGUCUCGCAGUUUCAGAUGUGCUCCUUUUUUGAAAAGCAGACUGACACAAAUUUUAAGGUGCACCCUCUUCACAUGGAAGGCAACUGCGUCUCUAUCAGCUAUGAACAAAAUACAAGGCACCUACUGAUGAGCUGCAGACCAAGUGCUAGGACACCCUACAUGACGCACUCGAUAUGCAACCUGCUUUUCCCAAUGGCGGAGGAAGGCAGCUGUAGCUUCAACGUUGUGCAUGUCUUCAACGGAGGCCCCACUCAGGUACAGCUGUCGCGAUCAUGCAUCUGCCUCGACCCUGACGACGCCGCCAACUUCUGGGCUGUAGCUGGAGAUGAGUCGUACAAGCAGGUUAUGGUGUGGGACGCUUCGUCGGGCAAGCGCAUCCACCAGCUGCCAGUGACCAACCCCGUGCUAGACGUGUGCCCCGUCACGACGCCUCUCGGCUGGGGUCUGGCCGCGCUCGCCAAGAACACCCUCUCGCUUUACUCCUGGAAGCAGGAUGCCAGCCACUGAGUGUCGUAUGUUGGAAGAGCGGCAUCAAACUCUCACUGAGCACCGUCAAAGUGCGACUCGUCUUACGGCGACGAACAAGUUGUUUCGGCUGUUGUGCCCCCAUCAUCAUGACUGUAACAUAAAGAAGGGGACUGCGAAAUUGUGCACUCAGGAGUGCGUGAGAAAAGACUUCUCGUGGUUGCACGUUGUAAUCCUAGCCAUCGUAUAGCACAACUGUUUGACUCACAGGUUCUCGUCGGAUGACCAGUCGUCAUUGGAGCGGUGAACCUGACUCGCUGUGCAAGAGGACUACAGCGUGAAUCGCGUUAUGCACUGGACUUAGGGUAACGUGUGAUAAAGGCAUCCUGGGCUGGGGUAUUUCAUUGGCAAGGUAAAUGCUGUCAAGUGUUUUUGUUUCAUCAUCCCAGUGGUCCCCGAGCCGUGCAUUGCCAUGCUCUGGACCAGACUUGGUUGCUUGCAGCAAGCAAAUUGGCAGAAAAACAUCUGUGGACAGGUGCCGUUGUCCUAAGUUACGUGUGCUAACGAUUGACUGUCUUGCCUUUCAGUACAUUUGCAUGUGUCGUAUUUAUUUCGGGGCAUAACAGCUUUGACAACUGGAUACUGCUUUCGUUUGCCUAUGCAUCUGCGUUAGGUUCCCUCUAAAUCUUCGAUUGAAAGCUGUUGUUGACGUGAGGCUUUUACAUAGCCGUUAGGUGCGGUGACGCAGCUGUUAGAUUCGGGCAGUACAGUACUAUCUGGGAGCAUCGUGUAUGGUCCCCGAGUCGCUGGUCGUAUUUCGCCAAACAUUGAAUCUGGCCACAGCGGUGUCAUUGAAGUUUAUGCAUGUGUAAUCAGCAAAGGCAUGUCUUGAGUUUUGUUUGAAGCACAACUGUUUCCAUAUCACAGGAUUUUAUUUUAGUGUUAAUAAGUCAACGUCUAGUGUGUUUCAAACCCUUGUGACCAGGUUCAUACACAGCUUCUUGGACCACGUCACAUUGAGUCGAAGGCACCUAGGCCUCUUGUGUGUGCCGAAAAAUCCUCUUGUACAGGUUGUUUAUUAUUACCUCUUCAAUAUAUUAUACAUCGCUGCCUUACGUACUUGGAGACAUCCCGGAGCUGUUACUUGUGCCAAAAGAUGAACAAGAAGGUUGUUGUGGGAAAGCUGCGAUGGGCUGAGUGACAUUGCAAGUGUAAAGGUGAACUCACCGCCGAUUCGCACACUUGUGUUGUGAACGUGGAUGGCUUUGUAGAAGUCACCUCGCACUAGCCUUUACAACUGCCACUCAACAGCUGUGAUUUCUUCUUGAAACGUACUUAAUAUCGACUGUCGACAAUCGGAAACCUUUAUUCACACAGCUAAAAGGUUUAGGGCCGGUCUAUAUGAAUAUAAAUUCUUAGCAGAGCUGAACAUGUGCUGAAGGUGCAAUUGUGCAUUGUGGCUUGCAUCACGUUUACCCUGUGCGAGUUCUAUGUGCUCACAGGAAGCAUAGCUGACUAACAUUCCUUUCUUGACAGUCUAAAGUAAUUUUAUUUUACCGCUUUCUAUUCAAGAUGUACAGGUGAUGUCGACUGAAGCUAGUGAAUGUCGGUGUUGAGCAGUUUGGGUGUGACUGCAUGUUCCUGUGAAUGCUGUUUCUGCUCAACAAUUUCACUGUUUCUAUUUGUUCUCUUCAAUGUGCAAGGUUAUCAGCUUAUUUGAGCAUUGGGAGUCGCUUCAAACUAAGGUGUGCGUGUAUUUUUUAGGUGAAGCCGGUUGUAAUGGAAUGGAAUCCAGUGUGCUGCGUCGUGAAUACGUAAUAUGAUGGAGGGGAACUCUGCACUCUUGUGUUAAUUUUUUCAUUUAUUUCUCUGUGUGUCUAUUCCAUCUUUAAUCUUUUGCUUUAAUAUGCCGCACAGCGCGACUAACCAAAGUGGCACUACUCUCGUCUUAAGUGUGGGGGGAGGAGGGGGUUUGGGUGACACAACUUCUGGGUUGUUCUCGUUGGUGUCUGCGUCUGAGUGAGGUUUUAAAAAGUUGUACAUAAUAUAUAAAUGGCGUGUCACCUCACCCGGGUCGAUGGUCUCAGGGGGGAACAAAGCACGAUGGUGCUUCAGCAGAGCGUUUAAUGACCGUGCGUUACAAAACAAGUGUUUGAAGGCGUUGCUGUUUUGUGUACAUAUGCAUACAGUAGUUUGCACGCACUCUGGGGUCAAUCAAUAAAUGCUUUGUGCGUGAGUUCUUACGAAAUGUUCUGCCGUACUUCUGGGAAAUGAUUGCCACACAUUGACGUUUACUGUGAUGACAAUUGUUGAGUACAUGUGAAGUUCAUUGGCAACUGUCUAGUAACGCGUGGAAAGUGUUAUUUCAUUAAUUUCUAUGAUAAAUGAUGACAUUAAGUCUAGGUAUCAGCAUAAGUGAAAAGAACCAGUCAGUCAAUUCAUUUGUGUCCAUUUCUGCACACCUUACAUUUUCUUAUGAUAAGUCAGGUGCACGUUGAAAAACCUCAGCAUGUCAAAAUUUCUGGAGCCCUCUACUGUGGCGUCUCUCAUAAUCAUAUGGUGGUUUUGGAACGUUAAACUCCACAUCUCGAUCAAUCAAUCAAUCUCAUAAGUCCCAGUCAUCUAGUUCACCUUUUUGUGUUGGGAAUACUUGAAGAUUGGUUGCACUGCUAUUUGCAGCAGUAAAUAAGUCUGACAAAGAGCUCUUAUCUGGGCAACUAUAUUUGUGCAUUACUGCCAUGCAAAUAAAAUAAAUCAACACA